UUUUGUAUUUUAACCUUGUCUUGAAUAAAAUAAAAAUAUAGAUUAAAAAGAAAAAGAAAAGAUUUCUUAAACUCUUCCCCAUCAUCAUAAAGGUCAAGCUCUCGACAUCUGAUAAACUUCACCUUUCAGCAUAUUAAAUUACAACUUAAAAUGCAAGACGGCAGCUUCAGUCAGAUGAUGGGAAAAAGCUUUGUCAUCAUGUUAUGUGGAACAAUACAAUCAUGCCUGGGAGAUCACGCUUAACCAUUUCCAGGAUCUGAGUUAGUCACUGAGUGAUUUGGCUUUAUUGUUUAAAAGUUUUCUGCCCCGAAAUGCUGAUUUGGUAUCUAUCAUCUACUCCCAUUUAAAGAGAGCUGAUCCACAAGAGGAGGAACUGGACCAUCUUUGUUGUUUCAAAGUAUUAAUUUUGAGACAUGACUAGUAGGUACAGCUAAUACUGUUUUAUAGUCUGUGAAAUUAAGGUAAGUGGAAUGGUGUCACUACGAUUAGUGGUCAUGCCAGAAUCUAUACUUGCAGUACAAGAUCUACAGGACUGAUUGUAUUCACUUUGUACAUUUGGAUGCAGUUUUGCCUCUCAUGAUUUGGACUAUUUUAUUUUUAAAGAUAAACAUGAUACCAGUUGGAAAAUUUCUGCUUUUAAAUCAGAGGGUUAUAUCAGAUAAGCGUAAGCAUCUUUAAACUCUCAUGCACUGGUUUUAAUGUAACUGUUUAGAUAGACAGAUGUUGAGCCAGAUGGCAUUGUGUCUCCCAUCCAGUCCCAUCAAGCAUUAUUAUUAGUGUCCAUUGAGAUAGAGUAUAUAUUUGCUAUUGUGUUGGUUCCAGAGAGCUGGGGCUCCAUUAUAGUGAGAGCUUGCACUGCUUUGUGCUUUAAUAUUGAUGUGCUACAUAGCUCUUCAGCAAGAUUCUUUCUGCUCCCCCUCCCCAUUCCCCAAUACUUUUUCUUUCAAUGUCUGCUUAUAUUUCCAACAGUGCCUUGGAGUUGCUCAUGCUGGCACUUUGCCUGGUGUUUUUCAGAAUUCUGUUAUGAGAAGCACAAGACAACAGUUAUCAUGUGAUGUAAGUGUGAGACGGAAGCAAAGAUAAACAUGCAUUCCAACCACACAACUAGAAAUGGCUGCCGAGUACAGGAAGUUAUGCAGUUGAUCAGGAAGCAGCUGGUGAACUCCAUCAAGGCUCUGCAGAAACAUUACGUGACCUCUGAUGCUCUUGUAACAAGUGAUGAUCAAGAUGCUAAUACUCUUUGUUGUGUAUUGGAGGCUGUAUUUGUACAUGGAUUGAAAACUAAGCACAUCAAAGCAGAAAUUGGAGCAAAAGGGAAAAAACAUGGAGGGCGCCUUCCUCAGCCAGUGUUUUGGACUCUGCUAAAAUCUGUCACACACAGAAACAUAAUUUCUGAACUGGAAAACUUGAUCUUCAUCAAUACAGAUGUGGGGCGUUGUCGUGCAUGGUUGAGGCUGGCUUUGAAUGAUGGCCUGAUGGAGUGUUAUCUAAAACUCUUGCUUCAUGAAAAGUCUCAACUCUUUGAAUAUUAUCAUUCAUCUGCUCUGCUUCUGGAUACUGAGGAGGUUGAAUUUCUCCUCAGCUAUUUGCAGGGCUUGUCUUCUUUGGCCUUUGACCUCUCGUAUAAGUCAGCAGUAUUGAACGAGUGGACCAUCACACCUUUAUCCUUGUCAGGCCUUUGCCCUGCCUGGGAACUGUUGGACCCUCUUGUGGGACUGGACCCUCAAAGAAAGGAGUCACUUAGUUCUCUCUCACAAUCUUCUGGCUCUGAUGAAGUUGAAGCUCACCCAGCCAUCCUGCCUGCCCCUAAAAGUGAACAGGCAGAUAAACUCACAGCUUCCAACUUGAGCAUCAGCACAACUGGUUCCUCACAGCUCUCUUCCAGCCUGGAUUCUGACAUUCUUCUCCCAGCCAAUUCUACCAGCACUCACAGCCCUGAUCAGGAGAAAGAGCCCAUCUCCAAUGACUCUGAAGUGGAUAUGACAACAGCAACAGCAGACUUGGACCAGGACCUCCAAGAGGUGUUAGCAGAAUUUACCAGGACACAGAGAAAGUUGGAAACUGUAGGAGUUCAUGAAGCACACAUCAUCUCUCAGUCUUCCCCACCAGAGUGCCCCUGCCCUGCUACCAGUUUCUGCACUGUGCACCUUCCUCAUACUGUACUGGAAAAAGGCCCUGUUGACAUCAUGCUACCUGCAAUAAUGAUAAAUUCACAGCUUCCCAAUUUACCUAAGACUGGAGAAUCUGUUAGUAGUACCAGUGUCCAACAGACCUCUAUGCUAACCACAAUAAUUGUGACCAAAAAACCUGUGGAUGUGUCCCAAAUUCAUUGCAACAAGAGAGGAGCUAAAAGUCGGACUGAUGAAGUCAGUGGUUAUGAAGGAAGCCUCCCAGGAACAGACCAGCUUCUUUCACCAAUCUCACCAGUGGUCUGCCCUAAAAGAAGCUGGAUCACUGAGGAUGAUUUUUACCUUCCUUCCCCUCCCGAGGAAACAGAAAAAAGCUUCUCCAGUUCUCCCAGUACCUCACUAGAGAGGCUUACCAGUACCCAACCUGCUAUGCCAUUGAGAGCCCCAGAUCGAGGCAAGCUUUCUGUAUCCUCAGCAGAGCUCAGCAAACUCAAACUGUCUCCUAGGAGGGAGCUGAAGGGCUUUAGUGUUGUUCAUCGGAGAGAAAUAGGUCUUUCCAAUCCAUUUCGGGGUCUGCUGAAAUUGGGGACUCUGGAACGUCGAGGAGCUCUGGGCAUUUGGAAGGAGUUUUUCUGUGAGCUCUCACCUCUAGAAUUGCGGCUCUUUGUAGACUGUGAGGAGCGAGUAUGUGUAGAAAACUAUUCUCUGCUGAGAUGUGAGUCCUUAGGACGGGCUCACAGUGAUGGGCGCUUUGAGCUGGUCUUUUCCAACAAACGAUUGUGUCUUCGGGCUUCCUCCCGGGAUGAAGCAGAGGACUGGUUGGACCGGCUGCAUGAAGCCCUAAAAAAGUUUAGGUUACAGAAGGAUGAAGGGUGGAAAACUCUAGAGUGCCCUGAGGCUGCAGAGGAUUCUGAGGAUUUCUUCGGAGGUGGACCACCUGGUGACUUGCCUUCCUUCUCGGUGUACAGUAGAACUGGCCCAACUGAGUUGGACUGGUCAUGUGCCUUGAAACCCGAGCUAGAUGCAGUCAAGGAAUCUGUCCUGUACGUGGAGGUUGAGAAAGCAUGGGUCCCUUUGGUGUUCUCC